AGCGUCAAACCCGGAAGUGACAUCGACCGCUGAGACGGGUGGUCUCUCUCUCUCUCUCUCUUUACCUGCCAGGUGCCCGUGAGAAUUUAGAACAACCAGAAGUGAAACCUAAGAUGUUAACAAGACGAUAUUUUGACGAAUAAACCAGCCUCGAUCCAACCACGGCGCUGUGAAACGCGGUUUUCUUGGCGGACGAUGCGCCACCACAGCCACAUCUGUGUUGUUCUCCUGAGUCUGUACUGCUGUGGAAGUGUUUCUGCUUCCGAAGGAGAGCCGGAGACUCCAGACUGGAGGAUGACUCUGAAGACGAUCCGUAACGGGAUACACAAGAUCGACACGUACCUGAACGCAGCACUGGACUUGUUCGGAGGCGAUGACGGGUUGUGUCAUUAUAAGUGUGGUGAUGGUUACAAGCCGGCGCCUCGUCCCGGAUACAAGAAACCCCCCCCGAACGGAUGCGGCUCCCCGUUGUUUGGAUUCCAGUUUGACAUUGGCAUCCCAUCCAUGACAAAAUGUUGUAACCGUCAUGACCGCUGCUAUGACACCUGCGGCAGCGAGAAGCACGACUGCGAUGAGCAGUUCCACGACUGCCUCGAGACCAUCUGCAGGAAUGUGCAAAGAACUCUGGGAUUGGCCCAGAGCGUGCAAGCUUGUGAGUCAGCAGUGACGCUGCUGUUUGACGCUGUUAUGCACAUGGGAUGUAAGCCAUACCUGGACAGCCAGAGAGAGUCUUGCGUCUGUCAAUAUGAAGUGAAGAAGGAACUGUGACAUCGACCGCAAGAUCAAGACUGUGGAAAGAACUGAUUCAAAGCACAACACUGAUGGAAGGAUGCAAGCAACAAUAUAGUAUCUUUCAAAUCUGCUCAGGGAUAGAGCUUCUUUGGUCUACACGGACUUGUGUCCAUCGCCUUCCCUUAUUGGAGUUUUGAAAUGUAGAGAUUCAUAAGAUGAAGCAAAUGUGAGCAUAACUAGUGGAUAUUUAAUAUCUAUGAAGUUAAUUAUUUAUAUUUGGUUUACAAGGUGGAAUGUUUUUGUCAUUUAAUGGACUAAAACAGGUUGGUUGGAGUUCAUAUGGCUCUUAGAUAUGUAACUGACACUUUAUUUUAUAGGUUAGUUAUCAGGUUAAUAAUUAGUUAUUAGGGUGAUAAUUCCCAAAGAAUUUGACCUGUAAAAUCAUCUCAUCUCAUUGUCAACCGCUUUUCCAAGCUUGGGUGGAAUGUUACCUGUAAUAAACAAACAAAUGUAUUUAGUUCUAGAAAAACGUUCAAUACAAGAUUUGAAUCUUUAAAAAAUGUUCCAUUAGAAAAGAUGUAAAAAGAUUUAUGUCAUGCAGGAGUGCACUCAAAUAAUGAUAAAGUGAUCACACUGUGGAUUUAACAAUGUGUUUAACAAUAUAUAUAUUUAACGUGUAUGAAUAAUUCUGGGUGUCAUUUCUUUGUAAUAGACACGAUUGCAGGAACAUUGUUGUUCCAGAGUAAAGCUUAGA